AUGUCAUCAUCCAAUCUCCUCUUCGCCGCCGCCGCCCUCCUCGCGAUAUUCCUCCUCUCGGCGGCGGAAGCAACGCCGCCACCGCAGAGCAAUAUCCCCGUCUCGUGGCUGCCGUUCAAGAACCUGAAGGCCCCGAAGGUGACGGCGAUCGCCCAAUUCGCGGUGAAGGAGUACAACAAAUUUUACCCUGACCGGCCGCCGCUGACUCUGGUGAGCGUCGACAGCGGCGAGUAUCUCAAGGCCGACGGCACGAACUACCACCUCUACAUCACCGCCGCCGACCGUUACGGCCCGGGGAAGUACCAGACGUUUGUGUUUGAGUAUCCGACGGGAAUUUGGGAUCUAACGUCGUUUGUACGAAUGGAUCGGGACUAG